GCAGGAGCCCCAGCCCGCGGCGCCCCGGCGGACCGUGUGGGCGCGGAGGCCGGGCCGGGCCAUGGGGUCCCUGUUCCGGAGCGAGCCCAUGUGCCUGGCGCAGCUCUUCCUGCAGUCGGGCACGGCCUACGAGUGCCUCAGCGCGCUGGGCGAGAAGGGCCUGGUCCAGUUCCGAGACCUCAACCAGAAUGUAAGUUCUUUUCAAAGAAAAUUCGUUGGCGAGGUUAAAAGGUGUGAAGAACUAGAGCGAAUAUUGGUGUAUUUGGUACAGGAAAUCAACAGAGCUGACAUUCCCCUUCCUGAGGGAGAGACCAGUCCUCCCGCCCCGCCUCUGAAACAGGUUCUGGAAAUGCAGGAGCAGUUGCAGAAGCUUGAGGUCGAGCUGCGAGAAGUCACUAAGAACAAGGAGAAACUGAGGAAGAACCUGCUUGAGCUGAUCGAGUACACACACAUGCUGAGAGUGACGAAAACCUUUGUCAAGCGGAAUGUCGAGUUCGAGCCCACGUAUGAAGAGUUCCCUUCCCUGGAGAACGACUCUCUGCUGGACUACAGCUGCAUGCAGAGGCUGGGAGCAAAGCUGGGGUUUGUGUCUGGCCUGAUUAGCCAAGGGAAGGUUGAAGCUUUUGAAAGAAUGCUGUGGAGGGCCUGCAAGGGGUACACCAUCGUGACCUACGCCGAACUGGACGAGUCCCUCGAAGACCCCGAGACAGGGGAAGUCAUGAAGUGGUGUGUGUUUCUCAUAUCCUUCUGGGGAGAGCAGAUCGGCCACAAGGUGAAGAAGAUCUGUGACUGUUACCACUGCCACGUCUACCCCUAUCCGAACACAGCCGAGGAGCGCAGGGAGAUCCAGGAGGGCCUGAACACCCGGAUCCAGGAUCUUUACACUGUGCUGCACAAGACGGAGGACUACCUACGGCAGGUGCUGUGCAAGGCCGCCGAGUCCGUGUGCAGCCGCGUGGUGCAGGUGAGGAAGAUGAAGGCCAUCUACCACAUGCUGAACAUGUGCAGCUUUGACGUGACCAACAAGUGCCUCAUUGCCGAGGUCUGGUGUCCCGAGGCCGACCUGCACCACCUGCGCCAGGCGCUGGAGGAGGGCUCGAGAGAGAGCAGCACUGCGAUCCCUUCCUUUAUGAACACGAUCCCCACUAAAGAGACGCCCCCAACUCUGAUCCGCACCAACAAGUUCACCGAGGGCUUUCAGAACAUCGUGGACGCCUAUGGGGUCGGCAGCUACAGGGAGGUGAACCCAGCUCUCUUCACCAUCAUCACGUUCCCGUUUCUGUUCGCUGUGAUGUUCGGAGACUUCGGCCAUGGCUUCGUGAUGUUCUUAUUUGCCCUCUUGUUGGUGCUAAACGAGGAUCACCCCAGACUGAGUCGGUCACAGGAGAUCCUGAGGAUGUUCUUCAACGGCCGGUACCUCCUCCUGCUGAUGGGUCUGUUCUCCGUGUACACGGGCCUCAUCUACAAUGACUGCUUCUCCAAGUCCCUGAACCUUUUUGGCUCACGGUGGAACGUGUCUGCCAUGUACAGCUCCAGUCACUCCCCGAAAGAGCGUCAGAGGAUGACACUUUGGAAUGACAGCGUGGUGCGGCACAGCCAGGUUCUGCAGCUGGACCCCAGCGUCCCUGGGGUGUUCCGAGGCCCCUAUCCUCUUGGUAUUGAUCCUAUCUGGAACUUGGCCACCAAUCGCCUGACUUUUCUAAACUCUUUCAAAAUGAAACUGUCUGUGAUCUUGGGAAUUAUCCACAUGACUUUUGGAGUUAUUCUGGGAAUAUUUAACCACUUGCACUUCAGGAAGAAGUUCAAUAUCUACUUGGUCUCCAUCCCGGAGCUUCUCUUCAUGCUCUGCAUCUUCGGCUACCUGAUAUUCAUGAUCGUCUACAAGUGGCUGGUGUUUUCCGCAGAAACCUCCAGAGUCGCUCCCAGCAUCCUGAUCGAGUUCAUUAACAUGUUUCUGUUCCCGGCCAGUGGAACCAAGGGUCUUUACCCAGGGCAGGAGCACAUCCAGCGCGUGCUGCUAGCCAUCACCGUCCUGUCCGUCCCCGUGCUCUUCUUGGGAAAGCCGCUCUUUCUGCUGUGGCUCCACAACGGGCGCAGCUGCUUCGGGGUGAGCCGGAGCGGUUACACGCUGGUGAGGAAAGACAGCGAGGAAGAAGUCUCCUUGCUCGGAAGCCAGGAUAUAGAAGGAGGAGGUGACCUGACAGAAGAUGGAUGCAGAGAGGUGACGUGUGAGGAGUUCAACUUCGGAGAGAUACUAAUGACCCAGGUGAUCCACUCCAUCGAGUACUGCCUCGGCUGCGUCUCCAACACCGCCUCCUACCUGAGGCUCUGGGCGCUCAGUCUGGCUCAUGCACAGCUGUCAGACGUCCUGUGGGCCAUGCUGAUGCGCGUGGGCCUCCGCGUGGACACCACCUACGGGGUCCUGCUGCUGCUCCCGGUGAUCGCGCUCUUUGCAGUUCUGACGGUCUUCAUCCUCUUGAUCAUGGAAGGGCUCUCUGCGUUUCUUCACGCCAUACGCCUCCACUGGGUAGAAUUUCAGAACAAAUUCUACGUUGGUGCAGGCACCAAAUUUGUUCCUUUCUCAUUCAGUCUACUUUCGUCAAAGUUCAGUAACGACGACAGUGUGGGAUGAUCAUAUUGCUGAGACCAACAAGCUUUCAGAUUUACGGAGAAUUAUCAUGUUAUAGAAUUUCACGUAUGUCAGAUUUAUAAUAGGAAAAGUCCUUCAUUGAUUGCCUUAUAAUAUAGCCAAAUAAUUCUGUAAGAUAUACCUCUUCCUCAUAUGUUAAUAGUUUGUAAAGUUUACCAAUUUCGGAUACAUAAAUUUAUUUCGGUUUUUAUGAUGAGCAAAUAUAAGUUAAUCCCAAAUGUCAUGUCAAAGUUAUUUUUUUAAAUAUGGGAUUGGGGAGAGAAGAUAGUUUUGAAUGGCUAUUUGGAAAUAGUCUUAGAUAUUCAAUCCCUUUAAACAUAUUUAAAAAAAAAUUACUCUGUCACCUGAACUUGUCAAAUAAUUUUUCCAACAGCUAAAGUUAGGCAUAGUUUUUAAAAUAAUUUAAUGAUUGGUUAUCAAAGGAUUCAUAGUUACUCUGUUUGAUUAAAACUAUGUGAACAUUUUUUAUCAUGUGCUAUUUAGAAUUAGAAGUAGAGGAUUAUUUCUACAAUCUUGUCUUAUUUUAAUAACUAGAAGAAAAUGGGAUCAAAUAACAACAAAUGGUUGUCCUACCUUUUUUUUUUAAGACAUAUGCUGUUAUUCCUACAUGAGACAAUUAUGGAAAUGAUGUGUUUGCAAAGAUAAGCUGUGUGCUGAGCCUUAAAGGCAAGGGUGACGGAAGAGGCUAUCACGCGACUAUAGUCGGGACCUGUGAGCGGCGGGGCUGACGUUACUGACCCUGUAGGGUUAUUCUGAGGGGGGCAGGUAAAAAGUAGCAUCUUGUAUAUUUUUAUAACAGUGCAUAAAGUAGGAUAUUUUACUAUGGAGAGGUUGUGCUCAUCCUUGAGAAGGGUGUGAUUACACAUUUU